AUGGGUUCUGCAGAUAUCAUCUCUAUAUUGGGAACGCUGGGUACUUGGGUUGGGGCGUUUCGUCCUGACCUAGAAAUCCUAGUGCGUUACAUUGUUCGGCAAUUCAUCCCCACUUCACACUCGUCCCAAGAGCGCAUCGUCACGGCCGUCGAGUCUAUUGACAACGAUCAACGCUCCGAGCUGGAUCUUUGCCGGGAGUUGUUGCUCCUGCAACAGCAGGAGAUCAGUGGCUUGAACGCACACCUUGACAAUGUGUGUCGGUUGUUGGAGGCGAUGCGUACCGACCUCAGCGAGCUGAAGGCCAGACAGUUUACCACCAGGACGUAA